AUGGCGCCCGGCGACAUCAGCGACUGCACGCCCACCGCAGCUCUGGUCACGCCACAUCCAGCCCAUCCUCAGCAGCGCGCCGCGAAACAACAGCCGGCGGCACCGGUACUCACUUCUACCUCGGGCUCGGCGGCAAGCGACGGCAACAUCAAUGAUGCCAACACCAAAACCGUAGCCGACUACCUGGCGGCCUUCCCGCACCUGACGGACCUCGACAAGCGCAUCCUCGCGCUGCCGUCCGACGACCACUUCACCCCGCACUCGUGGACGUCCCUGCGCCAGCUGAUCGCCGCCAACGACCUGCACCUGCUGACGCGCAGCCCGUCGCAGACGCGCGCCUACCUCGACUGGACCAGCGACGUGCGCCGCCGCUUCGGCUCCAUCACCAACUACCUGCUGCGCGAGCGCCUGCGCUGGACGCCGGCGGUCCAGGACGAGGUGCAGGGCAUCGCCUUCGCGUGCGCCGACCCGACGCCCUUUGCGCACCCGGACGACUUCCUCGUCCUGCGCAACGACUGGCCCUACGGCCUCGACCCGGGCAUCGUGCACAUCUGCGUCUGGCUGAAGACGCCGCUGGACCUGAAGCCCGAGGAUGGCGACCUGACGGACCGCGCGAGGGACCAGGUCGAGGACUUCGUGACGGCGACGUUCAGGGUGCCGCUGGGUGAAGGGACCAAGGGGGAGAGGGUGUUGUGGUUCAAGAAUUGGGCUCAGCUGCAGAGCGUGAGGGGCGUCGACCACGUCCACGUCUUGAUCAAGGACGCGCCUCCGGAGCUGCUCGAAGGCUGGAUGAAUUGA